GCUACCCACAAUAUUACGUAUACUUUCGGCGACAAGUGUUUUUAGCAGCAUGGCUAAAAAUGAGUAGCGGGUCUUGAAUUGAAAACUGCAGGACCUCUGCUGAAGCGAAAUAAAACAUAAAUAUGACUUCAGCCAUACUGUCUGCACUUUGUGUCCUCACUAAACCUAUCGGAGAGACCAUAGUGCAUGGUACUAAAUAUACUGAACAGGAGGCACUGAUGGCUGCACUCCAAGCCAACCAGGCCCUGCUGGAGGAACGUCUACAGGGGGAGAAGGGCCUGUACGAGGUGCGCAGACUGCGGGAGGAGGUGAGGGCAGGGGUGCCCUGGAUCUGCACCGAUACAGAGGACGUCACAUGGAGCUUUGUCCAAGAGUGUCUGCUGCUGUUGCUAAGCCUGGCCCGUAACCUCACUCUCCAGCUAGAGCUCUUCAACCAAGCCCCCAGUCCGGCUAUGUCCAGGUUGCGGACCCCUGAGAUGGCCCCUCCUCUGCCCCCUGACGUGCUGAGCGUGGCCCAACAGAAGACACUUGGUGCAGCUCUUCAAUUUGUUGUCUCCCUGGGCCUCUGUCCCUACCUGGCCCUGGGGGUGGGGGUGCCACUGGGGCGCAGGUCAGCGUUUGGGAAGUUGGUGGAGGGGUUGGUGUGUCAUGAUGUGGCCCCUGUCCCUGAGCGCCGUCUCCUGACCACCACUGCUGUUCUGCUGGAGCUGUCUGUGCUGUCAUCACUGGCCACCAUGGUCUACACUCGCCACCUGGGAGAUGUCAUGGCAGCGCUAUGCCAGCUAGGAUACCGCCCAGAGAAAGGCACCACUAAGGAAGAGAAGGAGAUCAGUAAGGAGGAACGCAAGAACUGCAGGGAGGCUCUUCAAAAACUCUUGGGGAAAGUCUACCAGCCAAUCGUUAUCAAAGAGCUGCUUAUUCUCCAAGGCGGUCCCAAACAGGCCCCUCCAGGCCAUGGUACUAGUGGUGGCAAUAGGAGCCCCCUGAGCCAGGCUCCCCCAUGGCUGAGGCGUCUGUGUGGGCAGCUGCUGUCUGAGAGGCUGAUGCAGCCCAAUGGUGUCCAGUCUGUGGUGAGGGCUAUCCUAGAGGGAGGCGCAGGAGGAGAGUCUGAUUGGAGGAAAUGUGAUGGUGUUGCCAGGAUCCUAGCAGCUUGCCCUCAGCAGUCUCUAUCUUCAGACAGCUACUACAGUCAGGUUUGCCCCCAGAUUCUAGAGCUCCUGCACUUCAGAGACAAGCUGACAGCUCAGCAGUUCCAGCGUGUGGCCACCAGGGCGGCUCUCACCAUGGUGCAGGACUGCCCAAUGUUUGCCCUGCAGUACCUGCUCACUCCCCUCUUCAGCUCCCUUCACCGCUGUGGCCGGAUGACAGGGGAGGGUCAAACCCGGGUCACAGUGGAGGAAUGGGAGCUGACGCGCUGUGCGGAGGACGUGUUUAAGAUCUGUGUGGUGGGGAACAGCCCGUCUGCUCCUUUGCUGAAGGCUCUGGGAGAAGUGGUUCCUGUUCUCUUCGAUUUGUACUGCUUUACCAAGAAGAAUGCUUCCCACCUACGCGCCCCCUGUCAGGAGAUCCUGCUCUGGUACUUUGGCAACUCUGAGCUUUCUGUCGCCCUCUCAACCCUACAGCAGCUGUGUGCCAUGGAUGGAGGGGCAGGCGGGGUGGCCUCUGGCUUCCACUUCACCCCUGGUAGUGACGGAGGGGCACAGCUUAACCCCUCAGAGACCAUCAGUGAUGAGGAUGAUGCUCUGUAUGAGAAGGUGUCUGGGGAGCAGUGGAGGGUGGAGUGUCUGGCCCAGCUGCUGGCUGAGAUGAAGGAUAGCGACCUGCCUGGAGACUUCUUCCUGGAGCUGCUGCAGGCGCUGACUUGUUGGGCUGCAGAGGAGGAGGAAGAGGAGCAGGAAGUGGACACGUCAGCCAUGACACUACUACAGCUGGAGCAGCAUCUGUUAGGGAAAGUCACAGGGAGGGGUCAGAAGCUGGCCCUACUGCAGGUGCUGGCUGUCCUGUGUGAGGGCCUACCACACACUCUACUGCUGCGCAAGCCAACCCAGGUGGUGGAGUUCAUCGUGGCCAUGCUGCAGAGGGCCUGUGUGGGUUUGGACCAGGUCCGGGCUGCUGCAAGUCCAGUUGAGACCCAGACACUCAGCAUGGGAAUGGGCCUGGUGGCCACCCUGCUGUCAGGACCCUCACCGCUGAGUGCUGAGGACUACUCCUCGAUGUCCAGGCUCCUCCCACCUCUGGAGGAGAUUUCCCAGAGGCACCCUGAGGUGGUCAUCCAGGAGCUGGCCUCAGACCUGCGAGCCGCCAUUGCCACACACGGUGCCUACCAACCUGACAACGUGACACGAGCCACUCAAUAUCAAAGUCCCGAAACGGACAAUAACGUGCCUACUAAGAAAAACUUUGAGACCCAAACAAGUCCCUCGCAAGUCUCCCUAACAAGACUCUGCUCCCCCACCCUUCAUAACAACCCCAGCACAGACACUACUCAAAUGCCUAACACUCGAGCCUCAAUUCAGACCUGUAUCCCCAACCUCAGAACACAGAGCAGCUCUGGUGAUAGUCUGGCCCAGAAAAUUCAUCUAUCCCAGAGGGUAUCAUCUGGGGCUGGCCAGAGUCCUGCAGGGGUGUCUGCUCCUGAUGGGGGGCAGUCAGGUGGGAGGGGUAGCAGCAGUGAGCCCUCCAGUGGCACCCCCAGUAGGGCCUUCUCAGACUGCAUGCUCGGGGCAUGUGAUCCUGAGGUCCCCACCAGAGCAGUGGCCCUGAGAACCUUAACACGGGCCAUACAGAACGGAGACCGGGAGGCUCUUCAGAAUCAGGAGAAAGUCCUCACGCUCUUCCUGGAGAACUUGGAACAUGAGGACACGUUUGUGUAUCUGUCAGCCAUUCAAGGCCUGGCGGUGUUGGCAGACUUCUUCCCUGAGAGGAUUCUGCUGCGGCUGCAGGAAGAGUACCAGAAUGUUCCAUCCUCUCAGAAGGAGAGGUCCCUGGAGACACGGCUGAAGGUUGGAGAGGUGCUGAUGAGGGCUAGCAGGGCUAUGGGUGACCUGGCUCCCCACCAUGGCCGGCCUCUGAUCGGGGUCUUCCUGAGGGGGACGAGGGACGAGGACCGCAGUGUCCGCGCUAGCUGCCUGUCCAACCUGGGAGAGCUCUGCCAGAGACUCAACUAUGCCCUGGGGCCUUGGGCUCAGGAGUUGAGCACCUGUUUGACGGCACUGAUAAAGACCGAGAAGGAGGCAGAGGUGCGGCGAGCUGCUGUCCACGUCAUUGCCCUGCUGCUCAGGGGCCUGAGCGACAAAGCCACCGAGGUCCUGAGUGAUGUUCUGCUGGACCUGUACCGGGCAUUGAAGUGGGUGGUGCGCUCAGACACUGAUGAUGUCACAGUGCUCCAUGCUCAGCUGGCUCUGGAGGACCUUGACGAUGUCAUGAGGAGGUUCAUCUUCCCUGCACAGAAGCUGGAGAAGAAGAUAGUGGUUUUGCCAUGAGAUUUUAGGAACAUGAGCCAACAGAACAGCACACACACCAACUAACCAGUGUUACGAGAACUUUUUAGGAGUAUCCAGGAGUAGGAACUAGGGGAUAGUUUCAGACUGGGCACAACAUUCCACCUUUUUGUCCAAGUUCCCACUGAAGGUGAAAGAGCAGGCAUUGAAUGAUAGCUGAACUGUGUGUAAAACACUACUUUCUCAACAAACACGAGAGUUAGCUCUCUUGGUCAUUUUCUCAGUGUUUGCAGUACAUGGAGUCCCCCAAGCCAGUCUGUAUCAUGCUAUCAUUAUGACCAUAGGGAAUGAAGGGUAUUUUAUCACAAUGACAGAUCUAGGCCUUCUGCAGAGGCACCAAACUUUCCCUCUCUGGAAACCAGACCUGUAUGUGCCUAUGAAUCUUAUAAACAGAGGUUACAGGUUGACAUUAGAGGUGAUGAUGAUCAGCUGAUAAUGUGUGUGUGCCUCUGAAUAAAAUCCCAUUACAGUGAAAUAAAAUAAAGGGAUAUGAGUUUCUUUUUGUAUGAACAAGUGCAUGUUCC